CGUGUCUCCAAACGGCCCAAAGCAAGCAAUCGACCGUCAAACAGACAAACAGACGGACGGACGAACGGACAGACAGACAGAUGGGGGGACAGACCGACCGCUGCUAGAAUGCGACUCAAGUCGGGUUGGAAUUGCCAGUGCCGCUUGCGACCGCGCAGAGAUUCAUCGUGUGAACUGCGCCACCUAGAGCGAGCGAAAGCGUAUUUCUUUUCCUCUGCUCGCAGCAAAACGGGCCAAUUGCACAAAAUAUUUAUAUCGCACCUUUGACGUUAUUAGCGAACCGGGAUCGCCGUACUUUCACUACCCGCGCGCGGUUUGUGUGGCCAAGAUUGGAACAUAAUAAACCUAAUUGUGCUUAUUUUGAACUAGUUUUUGCGUCCCGUGAUAUGAAGUGGAUGCGUGCUGCUCUGUCUUGAUGAUAGUGAUCUGCCAGUCGUCAGUGCCGGUAGUGUGCAUGUCUUCACGGUUUAUAGAUCAGGCGUCAGAAUGGCAAACCCGAGAAGCAAGUGCGACGUACACGGAAUAUAAAUAAGUCUGAUGAUCCGCAAUGUGUUGUGUUGGAUGAAUUUACGUCUUUUUAGACGGGUUUUGUGAUCUUUUUCCCUGUUGGAUCUAGUCUGAGUUUAGUUUGGUUGUGUAGCACGAAAACAGGCAUUAAUUCUAAAGGAAACCCCUGAAGCAGAACCAGUUGGUAACCUCCCGUCCCAGAAGCCACGUCACUUAUUAUCAUCGUCAUCAUCGUAGAAACUGUGGGCGAGGAACCUGAAGGGGCGGGUAGUUCAUAGUGCUGUGAUUAAUUAUAUUGUGGCAAGCCAAUGGAAGCUGACGAAGUGCAUCAUCUGCGGCAGCCAGCAGCGCUUCGCUGUGAUUUGAAUCGCUUGAGCACUAUCCGGGAGCGCAGCAGCCGAAGCAGCAGCAGCGAUGAGUCAGAUUUCUUAGAUAUACCACUCCCACCAGUGCCACCUCUGAAAGAAGGUGAACCCCAAACGACUGCUGCAGCUACUCCGGAGAUUCUGUACUCUCGCAUGCAGGAGUUCGAUGACGAACUGGACGCUCUGUCUCGGGAGGAUCUUCGAACGGUGGACAGCAGCAGCAACUCCAAUACGGUUCAGGGGAACUCGUGGAGUAUCCAAAGCGAGGGCAACACCUCCGCCAGCUGCUGCUCGAUUGACGAAGGGAUACUCUAUCUGGAUGACACCGGCGAGUACGACGAACGAUCGUCCGCUUACCGAGACAAAUCACCCAUCCUGCGGUCGUUGUCCACCUCGCCGGAACGUCAGCAACAGCGUCGCCGAAGACGAACGAAAUACCGCAGGCGCAAAGCAGAUGCGUCUACCUGCCGUGACGAUGAUUUCACCUGGGUCAACUCCAAGAACGAAGCGCCUAAAGCUACCAUCGAGUCGGAUCGCAGAUCGACUUCCCACACCACCGCCGGAGGUAGAUCGAUGAGGGGCCAUGACAUUAGCGCGAAUGCUGGGCCUUCCGGGACCACCGCGUCCCCCGUAACGGUCGGCAGUGGUAAACCACCCCGUCCCAUGACCGGAAGUCUGGACCGUAGGAGACACAAUCUCGGCGCCAGUCGCCAUGAACGAGACUCCAAAAGCCGCAGCACACAUUCGCUGAAGGACAAAUCCUCCUCGUCGGAAUUUCACAAACCUGACUCCAUGUCGAGCAGUUUAAGCCUGAAUUCGAAAGGUAAACCAACACAUAAACGCAGCGGUCAUGGUCAUAGCAGAGCAGACGAGGAUAAGUUCUGGAGCUUUGAUGAACACCCAGAACAGGAUUCUGGGAGUUACAAUAAUUACAACAGUAGUAGCAGCAGUCAUCAUCACAAUCAUCAUAGCAGCAAUCACACUAACAAUAGUAGGCAAAGUCCUGGAAUCUGGGAUCCUCCGCCGCCCCCACCGGUGUCGCACUGGGACCCUCACUACUACUGGAACUGGAAUCAUCAAAGCCGAGAGGAGCUGCGAUUGAUUGACUAUCACCGCAGACAGCAGGAAAUGUAUCGAUACGGAAGCAAUAGUGCCCUUAACAGUUCCCAGGAACUGGCCUGCUCCAGUGGAUGCUGUAAUCGUGGAUACUAUCAACCGCACCCGCAUCCACCUCCACUACCACCACCGUGCUGCUCCUGUGAACACAGCAGAAUGAUGUGGGGAAAAGACUGUCAGCGUCAGGACACAGACGAGCGGCUCCACCGGCUGCAAACGGACAAGGAAGCGCUGGCCCUGCAGGUUAAGGUCCUAACCGAGCAGGUGCAGUCGCAGAACACCAAAAUCGCCGACCUGGAACGAACGGUGAGCGAGAAAAACCAACUGCUGUCGAACGCGGACGAUCUACUGCAGCGAGUAAGCCAAUUUGCCAAAACAGUUGGCAUCCAGAUUGACAAACAGAAAGAAAUGCUUUCCCGAUCAUCGCUAGAAACCCAAAAGUUGGAGCUCAUGUCUGCCAUGAGCGAGCUAAAACUACAGCAAGCCGCCCUGGAGCGGGAAAAUCUGGAACUUCGAACCAGUUUAGUUAACGGCACACCGCUCAACAACGGGAACUUGAUCGGCAAUCUGCUAACCAGCAACAGCAUAAACAACAACAACGCCAGCGCCAUCACAGCGAGCCUCCUUCGACGGACGCCAAUCCUCGGCAGUGGACGCCUGGUAGCGUCAACCGCAGCGAAUUCGAUCAACUCGUCACCCCUGCAUCACGGCAGCCACGGCAGUCUGCCCCAGCAAGCCGGUGCCACUUCACCUAGUCCUAUCACACCAAAAACCCCACCAGCUUCCUACCGGCAGCGAGUGGAUCUACACUACAGCAGUCUUCCACGGCAAGCCUUCGCGACGACACUGUCCACGGCCAGUGGAUCGAGCGGCAGUUCCGGGACCAGCGCUCCCGUCAAUGGUUCCUCCGAUGCCACCGACGGCAACGCCAAUCUGCGGCGCAACGUAGCAUUCGAUUCGGGAACGCUUUCCACCGACCGCACCACCGACGGGCAGGCCAGUCAGCGGAGCUACACACCGAACCCGUCGCCUUCGCCCUCGCUGAGUCACAAAAACCUGAAGGGGUUGCGGAAUAUUUUCGGCAAAAUUAAGCGAAGCAACAGCGGAACCCUGGAGGACGCAGCGAACAGCGGUGACGGGGGUGAAUUCAGACGAGGUGGCGUUCGGGCAACCGCCGGCGGACGGCUAGGUUGGAGUACGGAAUUCCGAAAGCCGGAUAAACCUUUUCGGGAGUGGAAUCUGGAUACGUUGUGUCAAUGGUUCGAGCAGCUUGGGCUCGGAAUGUACGAGGAAGAUCUACGCCGGUGGCUUAAGGUAGGAGGGGCAGCCGAGCUAGCUCAGGCAUCUCCCGUGGAUGUUGAAAAAGAGCUGAACAUAAAGAAUUCGUUGCACCGGAAAAAGAUUGUGCUGGCGGUUGCCGAUUUGACGGGAAGUGACGACGGGGAUGUGUUGUUUAAGAAUGCAGGAAAGUUGGAUACACAUUGGGUUCUUCGAUGGUUGGAUGACGUAGGUUUACCUCAGCACAAAGAUAUUUUCACUGCCGCCCGCAUGGAUGGACGCAUGCUGCACAAACUGACCAUGGACGAUCUAGUCAAUCUGCAUGUAACUUCCUGUCUGCAUGUGGCCAGUAUCCGACGAGGCAUUCAGCUGAUGCGAGAGCAAAAGUGGAACGCGGACUGUAUAAUCCGUACUUCCAUAACGGACGAAUCCUGCGGCAUUAAAGACGAAGUGCAGCUGUGGUCCUGCCAUCGGGUAAUGGAAUGGCUGCGGGCUGUCGAUCUCUCGGAAUAUGCACCGAAUCUUAGGGGUGCCGGAGUCCAUGGAGCGCUGAUGAUGUACGAGGUUAAAUUCACUGCCGAACUGCUGGCUGAGCUGCUGAGUAUUCCACCGAGUAAAACGCUGCUAAGAAGACAUCUAGCCACGCACUUCAAGGAACUGCUUGGUCGAGAAAUCAUUCAAGUCAAGCGAGACGCUGAAAAUACGCUCGGAUUUCAACCGCUAACGCUAACAGCUAAAAUUAAAACGCCGAAAAAGUCACAGUUUUCGUUGAAGCGCAAAAAGAGCUCCAAGGGGCUGACCGGGGACGAGUGGAGCGAGUACGUGUGCCCGAUGGGCGACUCAGGUCAGGAACAUCUUCCUCCACAGCGGCUGCUUCCAUCAUCGCCAAAGGCUGCAUCCGCUGCUGGUUCCGUUAAUAACACUGCUGCUGUUGUAAAUACCAUUGCUACCACUAGUACUACCAGCACUAGCAAGGAUGUUUCGUACCAGCAGCAUCACAGCUACAACAACUCACACGCCACAAGUGCUUCCUCCUAUUCAGCUAACACUAAUCAUGUCACUAGCAAUCCGAUGGCGGCAACGACGAAGACUCCCUACACCUCCUAUCCCGACAGCACGCACAGCAGCAGCACCACCAGCAGCACCACGACUUCCGGAGCCGGGUCCGAGGUUGCUUCACAUCAGCAACUGCUGAGUAAUGUCAACAGCACCGCCGGUUCGGAUUCGCCCACGUCGACGCGUAGCUCGACCACUUCCACCUCCUAGCAGCGGCUGAUCUCGGCGGCCUGCUCCGUCUCAUCGACCGGAUCUUCGUCCCCGAUACCGACCAGUUUGAUGUCGAGCAAGAAUAACUAUUUUAUUGCCUCCUUCUCGCCGGUGAAGGACGUUUAUAAGUCCGUUUCGACCAGUUCGAACUAUUCUUCCUCGUCGUCGCUGGUAUCCACGGCCAGUUCGGCACGACCACAGUCGCAACAGUCACAGCAACAGCAGCACCAGCAGCAGUCGCAGUCGCAGGCGACCAAGGGAGAAGGCGAUUCAUCCGAUAGUGGAGCCCCUGUGCAGCGGUCGGCCUCGUUUAACGCCACUUGUACUGUUCCACUUAGUAUCAGCAAGACCACGCACGUCAAAAAUUCCGCCUCGUUCAGCAGCUGCUCCCUGCUGACGAAAGUGGCCAAAAAAUCCGGUCUCUCCGGUUCACUGACCGCCAACUCACUGCUGAAGUUCUCUACUUCCAGUUCCGCCAACAGUUUGCAGCAGCUGAAACAGCAACAGCAAGCAAAUGGCAUAACCAUUUCUAGCAACAUCACAGAAGCUCUAGCGAUGGCCGGUCAAAAUCCGAAUCCAUGCCUGUCGGCAUCUUCAUCCGGACAACUACGGACCCCGCCGUCGGCUUCCUCGUCUACGUCGUUGGCUUCCUCGACGACCUCCACCGUAACUGCCACCGCCGCCGCUGCUCCUUCUUCGACUGCCACUGCUGCUGCUGCUCUCUCGUUGUCGCAGUUCAGCAAGAACAACAUUGUUGAUUAUUACGUUUAAUAUUAAGCAAACCUGUAGUCACUAAGAUGUAGGAACCCAAAAAGGUAGGAAUCACUUUUUUUAGGUAGACCACGUGUUGCGAAUGUUUUUACGUUUAGGUUAUUUCAAAGGGCCGACUCUCGGCCUGUUCGAUGUUGAAGACGAAUCGAAGUAGACCGAGGGCGACCGUGUUUUCCUUCCUUCCUUCCUAUCACCGUUUCAUCUGUCACUUUUUCAAUCGAGCUAAGCAACUCAUGAAACUAUGUACCAUUGAAAGAAAGAAAUAAAAAAAAUCUAUCUGACAACCAACGGGAACAAAGCGCCCCACUAAAUACGACCAGAUAUUUAUACCGCUACUAUUGAGUAAUAGACUAAAGUCAAAUUUAUUCUAAUGUGUACCUAUUAGAAGAAACUAGAUCCUAAUAGUAUAAGAACGAAGUCAUCAUAUCUUGUAAUAAUAUUUGAAAGUCCACUGAAGUAGUUCUACGGUGUUGUUUAGACAUUUUUUAACCAUCGGAGAUAGACCGAAGCUCCCUUUCCUUGGACCAGACAAGCAGCUUACCGUAGCUGCAGGAAUUAGUGCCAAUUGAGAUAUGUUUAAUUUGAUGGAAAAAAAUAAACUGCAAGCAUUACCCAAUUUCUUUCACUCUAAACAACAACACUAAAAUAAAGUUUGCUUUAUUUAAACACGACCGCUAUUCGGUUUAAAAAUAAAACCUUAAAAUUCAAAAAAAAACUUUAUAAACUUACAUAUUACCACCGAAAAAAACUGUAUUUGAGCUACUCAUACUGUAAACAGUAUUUGAUCACAUAUGAAGAGUGUCGGUUAAAUAUGACAAAAAUUGAAAACGGAUUAGUGCCAUUAAAAAAUUCUGCGGUUAAAAGCGAACUGCCCCCUGACAAGGCACCGAAAAAAGCAUAUUUUUCUCUGUUAUUUGAUAUUUUUCGCUAACCCAUGAGAAUAUUUCUAAUUGAUUGUUAGUUCAGAAGCAAACUGAAUGACAUUCUGCGCUGGGUAACUAAUUUCUCAAGUUUAAAAUGAGCAAAACACAUUGCAACUUAACUCUUAUUAUGCAGAACAAACUAAACGGUAGACAGUCGAAAGAUAUUCGAUGCCAAAGACAAUAAAACACACGCAGCAGUUGGUGGAUACAUUUUUUCAUCGUGUAUAAUAGAAGUUUACUGAAAAUAACCAUUUAAAGUUACAAAGGAAAAAAAGAUAGGUAAGAAGUUACUCUAAAGUGUUGCGGCGAUCCUAAGUCGACCUCUUGUGGCAAAAAUUCUUCCUUCUACUUAGGUACUGUUCUGAACUCUGUGACCUUCAUCUGUUUUUCUGACUUUCUGCUCACCGCCGCGCAGCGGAGAGCGCGAAUUUGCUUCCGCUUUCUUUCACAGGAAGAUGUUUUCAACACUAAUAAGUUUGCAUAUAUUUGCUCGCAACCGAGCGAUUCUCGACAAAUUGUUGUUAAGAUUGUAUGCUAUAAAGAAAAUCAGACUAAUCUGUCACGUGCAUGUUAUAACUCAAACAAAUUAAAAAACCAGUUACAGUUGUUGACAGCCAAAAGAAGCAAAAUGGUACGGCGUAGUGAAUAGGAAUUAAACUAAAACUAAACUAAAACCUGUUGGAAAGUUGUUUACCGUUUUUUGCGAAUAUUGAAGAAAAAAAAAUAAUACAAAGUAAGUACUAAUUGAUAAACCAAACACCGACGACGGGCGUCCUUGUAAUAACGACAAAUUGACUUACUCUAAAACCGAUAUUUUGCAGUUCUUGUAGAAACCAGGAAUAUUAAAACUAUAGUAUUUGAUAACUUUACAACACACUCAAUUAAGAAAAGGUAAACAAAACACAUAAUCUUAUACGAUCGUGCAAAAGUAGGUACCGAAAUUUACUGAUUGAAAUGAGGAAAGUAAAAAUUGAUAAUGGAAAAUUGUGAAGAGAAGGGAAGCGCAUGACAUCAUCAUAAAAAAAUGAAACAUUAUAACCGAGUCAUUUGGUGAAAUUGAUCAAUAAAA